UGGUUCAGGGGAAGGUAAGGUCUGAUGAGGAUGGGGCAAGGCAGCAGCGACAGCCGAAACGGAAUCAGAAUUAUUCGAGCUGCAUAAACAUCGGAACGCUGACAAAAGCUGAUGGAAGCAGCAGUGGUUUUGUGAUAAAUAAAUGUUUGGUUAUGUAAAGCGUGAAGCAAAACAGCAGGAAAAGCCAGAAAAAAGAGUCGAACGAAAAAGUUUCGUUUUCGUUGUAGUUCAGCCAACAUUUGCUAAAAGGAUUCGCGUAACAUCAGACAAGAAUACAGAGCGGAUACAUUUAUUUUUAGAGUGUACUAGUUAAUACAUUUGGCGGCGGACAUUAUUAACGGUUUGGCGUAGCGACACUAUCGCAGCAACUGCCGAACUGAAAUGAACGAAAAUCGAACGAAUACGUCCUUCGAUGACUAGCAAACCAAUUGCAAAUUGAAAUUUUUUUUUUUUGGCAAAAUUUAUAAAUAAAUUUAAACAAUAUAAUCAAGUGCGAGAAGUGCGUUAAGUGAAAUUAGUUCCUACGAAACACUAUAACUCUGAAAGUGCGAAAGUGACGGAUUUGUUUUACGAAGUGUAUCCAUAGAAGAAAAACAAGAUUUGUGAUAAAAUGCGCCACUUAUUACGCAAUUAAAGUUAUAAAGUGGAAAAUUGAUAAUUUAAAUAAAGAAAGUCAAAGAAAAGUGCGUAAGGAAUAUACAUAAUAAGGAUCAAAGCAUAUUAUUUAAAUUGCUUUUUGUAAGAAAGACGCAAUGGUUAUUGUUUCAUCUCAAAAGAAGUUAAUCAUUUUAAAUUAAUUGAACUCUUUAAUUUAAUUCCGUUUGAUUUCCUUGUCGUACAAACAUCGUAUUGGGCAUGCACACCUCAGUGGAUUCUACAAUUGCUUGCAGUAACGCCCAUCAUCACACUCGACUGCAAUUGUCUCCGCCCCGUCAAAAGUUAAGACCCGCCUCCAACACACACAGCUCAAUUUCAUCUCCGUUAGCGAUGACAUCUGCAGCUAAUUUAGCGGAGGAAAAAUCUGGGUCCAACAGUGGUUGCAGUAGCAGCAGCACCAACGACAAUUCCACCGGUACACCGCUGGUCAAACCGCCCUAUUCAUACAUUGCCCUCAUCACUAUGGCCAUCCUUCAAUCGCCACAUAAAAAGCUCACACUAAGUGGCAUCUGUGAUUUUAUAAUGUCAAGGUUUGCAUACUAUAAGGAUAAGUUUCCUGCUUGGCAAAACUCCAUCCGCCACAAUCUGAGUCUAAACGAUUGCUUUAUUAAAGUUCCACGCGAACCAGGAAACCCGGGCAAGGGCAACUUCUGGACAUUAGAUCCCUUAGCCGAAGAUAUGUUCGACAAUGGGAGCUUCCUUAGGAGGCGAAAGCGAUACAAACGACCACCCGCUAUGCAGAGGUUCCCGUUUCCAGCGGUUUUCGGUUCGAUUUCGCCAUUCUGGAUAAGGAAGCCGGUGCCGUUAGUACCAGUACAUUUUAACGUUGCUAAUUUCGCAAAUAAUCGCGAUUGCUUCGAUAUGUUGCAUACACCAACGGAUGUUUUCGACGCGGCGCGAAGAGAAGAGAAAAAAUUCAACUUUUUCGCCGGAGCGGAUGCGCUUGGCUAUCAGAACAACGACAAAUUCGACACCAUCUGUCAAAAUGUGUCAUUUAUGAGGAAAAAUGCAAACGUCCUUAGUGUGAUGGACGAUAUCCAAAAACAUGACCAUAUUCAAGAUAAGUACACUAGAUUGCAUACAACCGUCGGAUCGGCAGCAAGCUUUAUCGAUGAGCAAAACAAUGAUUGCAGCAAUUUACUUCAAUGCAAAGAGUCCAAUAUGUUCAAUGAAAGCGAUGACUUGUCCUGUGAUAGAAUUGAUGUCGAAAGCUCCAACGAACAUGACUCCCACAUAUCAGACUCAAUUGAUAGUGUAUGUACAAAUAAUAGAUUAGAUCAGCAGUUAGAAGGCGAGGAAGCUGGAAAAGCAAGUGCUGCCGCUUUGAAAAGAUCUUCUCCAUACAUUUUACUAUUCGAAAAUUCGGAAAUUUCGAAUAGCUCGACACCUGGCGUGACCUUUGCAGACCAGCAUAAAAGCAAUCACAGCUUUGCGGGCCUUAAGGACGCACCGGCCAUUAAGUAUAGCGAGGAUGAAUCUUACAAGCAAACUGUAAUACCGUUCGACUAUGAUCAUGUUAGGUCCACAAAGCACAACAAUGCGAAAGAUUUUCGCAUCGAAACGUUAAUUGGGAAUGGUGACGAAGUCAGCGGUUAGAAAUGUGAAUCUUGGAAAUUACACAAACCAAAUUAUUUUAGCGCAACAAAUGUAAAUUUUUCUAUUCCACUAAAAUAUGUUAGGUUUACUUCGACAAACUGCAACUUCAAAUAUGAUUAUGUAUGCAGUAAAUUUUAAAAUACAUGUAUAUUUCUUGAAAUUGGUAUUAUGUUUAUGUGAGUGUCGCAAAACAGAUUAAUGUGUUAUGUAAAUUGUACGGUAGUUUAUCAGUAUGAAAAAAAAUGGAAUUUAUAAAUAAAUGAACUAUCCAGUUUUAAAAUUAAUAUUUCAUUUCUUAAUAACAGUUAUCUGAUUGCUUUAACUUGGAUAAUGGGAAUGGAACCACUAUUUUUUGAAGAAUAUUGGAAUCUUUUAAGAUCCUUAUGAUACUGUUGUUAGGGGAAAUAGGCUCAAUUUA